GAAAACUUGCACAGAGUGAUGGGCAGUGCUGGCCAAGGUGUAGUUGCUCUGCCUCAUGGUCGGGUCACCCUGCAGGAUCCUGUACUCUUUUCUGGCCUGGAGAAGCUACCUCUUGCUCAAGCUCCUGACAGCCCAAGCUGGCAGUCCCUUGACAGCCCAAGUCCCCCUGCUACACCUGAGCAAACCCUUCCCACCUAUUGCCUGCAGUACUUUAAUAUGCUCUACCCAGAUGACAGCAAUUGGGUCCCAAAGAGUUUGGGUGAAACUCAACAUCACAACCAUCAAGGAAGCAGGACGGAAGUGCAUAAGGAACCUGAGCAGUGCCCUAUCAUUGACAGUCAAGGAUUGAGCCUUACCUCUGAGAUGGAUUAUCAGGCUAGCCUUCACCUUGAGGAGCACUCCUUGGAGCAGGUGCAGACAAUGGUGGUGGGUGAAGUGCUCAAGGACAUUGAAACAGCUUGCAAGCUGCUCAACAUUGCCGCUGACCCUGCAGACUGGAGUCCAGGAAAUGUCCAGAAGUGGAUCUUAUGGACAGAACACCAAUACCGAUUGCCCCAGAUUGGAAAAUCAUUCCAAGACUUGUCUGGGAAGGAGCUGUGUGACAUGACAGAAGAAGGGUUCCGUCAACGUUCUCCAUCGUGUGGUGAUGUUUUGCAUGCUCAUCUGGACAUUUGGAAGUCAGCUGCCUGGAUGAAAGAAAAAACUGCUCCCGGGGAGCUGCAUUACUGUGGCAAUGAAGAGAACUGGACAGACAGUGAGGUCGAUUCAUCUUGCUCAGGCCAGCCCAUUCACCUAUGGCAGUUUUUGAAAGAGCUUCUGCUGAAGCCUCAUAACUAUGGUCGCUUCAUUCGUUGGCUCAAUAAGGAAAAAGGUAUAUUUAAGAUUGAAGAUUCUGCCCAGGUGGCUCGGCUAUGGGGAAUCCGGAAGAACCGGCCUGCCAUGAACUACGACAAGCUGAGCCGCUCAAUUCGGCAGUAUUAUAAGAAAGGGAUCAUAAGGAAACCAGAUAUCUCACAAAGGCUGGUCUACCAAUUUGUACACCCUGUCUGA